AUGUUCAACAAUGGUGUAGAGUUUGAUAAGAUUUUCCAGAAAGACUACUUUGAGGAUGCCCUAAGAACGCCUGACAUGAGCAACAAAUCGAUGAAUCAGCUGCUUUAAGCAGUGAACUCUUUGAAACUUGUUGCUAAUGAAGAUCCAUCUUCUAAAAAAUAAUCUCAAAUGAAAAAAAUAGAUCCAAAAUCUGAUAUAAGUCCCUCCAAAAAUCUUAAGAAAGAUAUUAGUCCUAAAUCUAAGAAAAGUGGUUUUUCAAAGUACCUAAAUGUUAAUCAAACUUCAGAAAACAGCUCUAAGAAAGAUAAAUAAAAAGGAGGGUAUAGACAACAAGCCUAGGAGAUUUUUUAAAAUACUUAUUUGUAGCCUAAUGCAAAUAAUCAUCAAUAACCACUUAAAUCACCAAAAACUCUUGAUGAUAAUCCUACAUAGUCUAGUUCUUCAAGUAAGUUAAGAGAGAAAUCGGUAUCACCAACUUAUGCCUCUAGACAAUCUAGAAAUAAUCAACCCUAAAUCAAGAAUGGAAGCAGAACACCUUCACCUAGUUAUCAUUCUAAGACAUCAAGUGAUAUUUCUUCAAUUCAGAAGAAAUACUAGAAUAAUGAUAUCAGCUUGUUGACUCAAAACUAAGAUUUGAACUAAGAUGUCAUUAAUCGACUUUUCACCAAUAGUAAAAAGGCCCAAGAAUUGAAAGAUAAAAAGAAAAGCUUGUUGAUCUAAAAGGAAUUAGAUACCCUUCAAGAAAAGCCUUAGAUUAGCGAUAGAUCUCAUAAAAUAGUAAUGAAUAAUGUCAGAUAGCAUAUGCCCAUAUACAGUCCAGAGCGAUACACCUAAGAAGUAUAGAGUUUAAAGACAAGAUAAGAGUAAGCUGCUUAACUUAAACAGCUGUUGAAUGAGUAGAAAGAUCUUUAAGAAGAGGAAAUGAUGCUUAAGUUCAGUGCAAGCAUAAUGGGUAAAAAGAUUAAUCCCGAUGAGUUCAAGCUUAAGUACGAUUAGAAAAUGAAAUAGUGGGAGGCAAGAAAGAUCUAAACACUAGAAAGCUAUCAACCAGGAAUUGGUGAAAGAAGUAAAUCUCCUUCCUUUAAGCCUGAGAUCAAUAAGAAAUCUAAGAUCAUUGCCUAGGAUAUUGAAAGACUUGAUAAGAGAAUUUAAGUACUAUAAGAUGGUAAAAAAAGGAAAAUAGCAAAAUUAACGACGAUGCUAUAACCCACUUUUACACCACAGAUCAAUAAAAAUACAGAUAAACUUCUUAAUGAGAGUAAGAUAAAUCCAAGAGGACCUAGUCCAAUUUAGAGCUAUGUUAAUAGAGAUUAAUCUUUCAAGAGAAAUUACCAAAGAGUUAUUACAAGGUCUACAAGUCCAGUUUCUCAAAUUAACAGAUAAAUUAGUAGCAAGAACUUAAAAUAAUCAUCCAAGCCAAGCCAAAACCAAGCUAGCAGCUCAUUAAUAUCACAGAAAUAAAGUGUUUCUACUGUAUAAUCUAUGGAUCAAAAUCCAUUUUAACUUGCAAAUUCAAUACUUUAGAGUCCAAUUAAAUAAGAAGACACUAUGAUUAAACAGAAAGGUGAAUAACUAGUCCUUCUAAAGGAAUAUAUGAAACUUAAAGAGUAGAUAAAUGUUUCAUUAUCUAGUCGCCCAUCAAAUAAUAAUAAUGGUAACUCUGAUUAGAAAAAUAAAAUUUUUUAAACUAAAAAUCUAUCUCAAGAAACACAAAUAAUUAAUGAAUAAACAUAGAAUGAAACUAGUCAAAGUAUUAAGAAAGGCAUAGAACCUUAUAAGAAUCAUUUGACAAAUAGCUAUCAGUCUUUAGAAGUGCAGUAAAUUUUAGAAUAAUCAAGAUUAAUCUAGUUUUAAUAGCAUCAGCAGGUGGGUGAUUAUAGUUAAGACCUUAAUUUACAAAAAAAUAUUUAAACACACAAGUCGAAUAACUCAAAUUUAAUCCAGUCUCCAGAUCAUCAAUUCAGCACUUAUAACAUAGCAGCCGACUAGUCUAUUUCAUCUUGGUCAAGCCCUUUGAAAAAUCAAGCUAUAAAUCGGCAACUCUAAAAUAAGACCUUUGCACAGGUUAACUAAAAAGAAAAGUUGCAUAAGUUUGAAUACACUGAACCAAAAAAUUAAAAAGAUCACAGUCCUAGAUAAGAUUAAACUGAAAGUGUCCUUAAUAAUAUAAGAGACUCAAUAGAGCUCUUAAACAAUAGAAUUUAGCAAACAGCUGACUCACCAGACAGAGUAAAGGGCUCAAAAGAUCUUUAAAAGGAGAUUCAAAAGUUAAAGAGUCUAAAGUCUCAUUUAAUUCACAAGAAGUUUCAAUCUGUUUCUCCUUCUAGGUCUGUGAAGUCUAACACCCUACUAACUGACUCUCAUCUCAAAAAUUCGAAUCAACAUGUCAUGUCUAGAAGAAAUUUAAAGCAUGAUACUGCUUAAAAAAAUAUGAUACUAUCUAAAAGUCAGGAUAGCUUGUUCAAACUCUAGUAAUGUGAGCCAAUUUACUAAUCGAAGCAUAAAUUUCAAAAUAAGAGAGAGGAUGAAAAUGUUUAGGAUCUUACAAGAUCUUAAGAAAGAAGGAAUCUAGCAAAGGAUAUUUCUUCACAUAAGCCAUUUGGCAAGCUAUAAGAUAUUAAUCAAUUGCCCUCACUAGACUCUCCAGAUAAAUCAAGACUAGGCUUCAACAGCAACACACUAAAUUCAAACUAUAAAAUAAAAAUUGACUACUAAUUUCAAAGUGAAAAUUCUCCUGAUAAGAUAAUUGAGGAGAAUUCUUUUAAUAAUACACUUACAUUUAGAGAUAAAAGUUAGGGGAAGGUAAAUGAUACCAGCUCAGAACUGACCUUUAAUUAAAUAUAGAAGUAUCUGGAUAGUGACACUAAAACUGCUCUAAGGCUAACAAGUUCAUAGAGGAAAUAAAAGAAUUUAUAUGACUCGAAGUAGUACUUUGAUACUGUUUAGUCUCGUUAGGUUGAUAUUAUUAAAAAAUUAGUGUAGAAAAAUAGUCAUUUUGGUAGGAAUGACAGUAUUUUAAGCGUUCCCAAAGAACUUUUAAAUGAGAUCGAAGAGUCUGGUUUAGAUUCAAUAACUAUCCUUAAAUCAGUAAUCAAUUAAUUUGAUCACCUUUUUGGGUAAAAAGAGAAUUCUAAGAAAUCUACGUAGAAAAAUAUGAAAGCAAAUAACUCAAUUCAUUAGAAUGCAAGUUCAAAGCAAAGAAAAUUUGAGGAAGCUAAUAUGUUUACUUUAAACAAUAAAUGA